AUGUUCUACCAGUAUGCGGACGCCGGGCCCGGACCCUCCUCCUCUAAGAAGCCCAAACUCGAUCGUCUACGAGCCUGUGACGCAUGCCGCCGCAGGAAACAGCGCUGCGACGGUCCACAGACCGCUGACCAGGUCUGCACGAGCUGCAGACAGACAAACCGUCGCUGUACCUAUGUCGAGGCAUCUAAACCCCGUGGUCCGCCCAAGGCGUACGUCAAUGGCCUGGAGGACCGCGUCGAGCGCAUGGAGCAGCUCCUCCGCCGCCUUCGCCCCGACAUCGACCUCAACGCCGAAAUCGGCCCGCCCGUGCCCCGCGACAGCUGGAAGCAUCCCAAUCAGGCGCACUCGCACACGUCCCCCGCCUCGCAGGCAUCCCCAACCUCGACCCUCGACUCUCUUAGGAAGGUCCCUUCCCUUUCCGUCAUCAAAGCCGAAGAAGGCGGUUCCGUUGACUUAUCCGGCGGCAAGGACGAGGAUCCUUAUGAGGCCGAACUCGAUCGCACCGUCGAUGCCUUUGAGAAACGGCUGCAGCUGACAGAGAUCGCGCCCGACAAGAAGGGCAACAAGCUGCUCGACCGCCAGUAUCGCUACCAUGGCUCCUCCGCCCCCAUCAUGCUCGCAUCCGUGGCCGCAGAACACCGUGACUACGAACUUCACGAGCAAGGCAAUUCCCCUGGCUCUAGGGCAGGGGGUGUCGACUCUCGCUUUGUCUGGGAAUCCGUCCAGCGCGAAGAAUUCGCUCAUGCGCCGGACUGGGAGCUCACAUACGAGGGACUACACAUCACAUCUCCGAAGGAAUUCCCGGACUUGCAGACACACUGGCCGCCUCCUGAUAUGGCAGAGUCGCUGAUCAACGCCUACUUCCACCACUUCAACAGCAUGUUUCCGCUCUUGCACAGACCGACAUUCGAAAAGCACUACAACGAACGUCUGUACGAGCAGAACGUCUGGUUCGCGUGUGUCUGCAUGGGCGUAUUUGCUAUCGCGAGCAAACACUCGGACGAUCCACGGGUCCUAGCCGCCCCCGAUACGCCUGCAAGCACUCCCAGCAGCAGCGCCAGCCAGAGCGAGGACGACUUUGACACGACGUGGCACAGUGCCGGCGUCAAGUAUUACUACGCUGUGAUGACCGUGCUCCAGCGGAAACAGUCGCAACUCACACCAUCUAGCCUGUUUGAGGUUCAGGCUGUCUGCCUGUCGACCCACUUCCAGCGUAGUACCCGCUGGGCGGGUGGUGCUUGGGUCAUGUACGCUGCGUCGAUUCGCAAGGUGCAGGACGUAGGCGCGCAUCGCAAGAGGAGUUACAAGGAUGGCGUGACGGUCGAGAACGAGCUCUGGAAACGGGCGUAUUGGUACCUCGUCGGCUUUGACCGUACGGGAAGCGCCGCACUCGGGAGGCCAUGUAGUACGCGAUACGAGGAUGCCGACGCGGAACUCCCGCUACCCGUCGACGACGAGUACUGGAAGGCCGACUUCCGCCAGCCCAGCGGCGGCCCGCUGCCCCAGGUCACCGCAUUCAUCCUCUGGCUCCGAUUGACGGAGAUCACGAGUUUUGUACUCAUGCACUAUUACGUCGCCGUCGACUCGCCUGAAAGACACGCCGCUCGGCCCGCCGAUGAACUACUGAAGCAACUCAACAUCGCCAUGACUGAGUGGAUCGAGGCCGUACCUGACCAUCUAAAAUGGUCUCCCGAUAUCCCUGAUCCAGUCGUAGCAAACCAGUCGGCGACACUCUUCUUGAACUACAACAUGUUGACCAUCCUCAUCCAACGCGCCUUUCUCCCGCCAACAGCAACGCGUCUCCGCGGAUUGGCAUCUCCCAUCAAUCCAAACGUUCGAGGAUAUCCACAAGCUUCGACAGCUCUCGCGAUCGCCGUAUCUGCCGCUUGUGCCGGUGCACGUGUACUGGAGACCGCCCACUCACGAGGUCUAAGCAAUAUGCCCAUAUUCCUGCACGCCGCAGAGGUUUUCGGCGCGAUGCUAUGCCUCGACGUAUGGAUUUUGAAGAUGCGCGAGCGCUCACGGGGGGAGCCUGCUCUCGAUGCGAUGCACACGAUCGAGCAACGGAUGCACGAGAUACAGACUAUCAUCCGCGGCGUUGAAAGCGCCAGGAUGCGCUGGGAAAUCGCUGGUCCCACGCUCGCGUACUUGCGCGCCGCGAUGCCCAGUCCGGAGGACGAGGGUGGGUGGGCCGGGUUCUCGUUGGAGGUUAUGCCGGAUCAUGAGGAAGCAGAGCAUGAGGAGGAGGGUCAGGGCGAAUUCCAGCUUCGGCACGGCGCAGGCGCUGGGGCGAGUGGUGCUGCUCAACCGUUCUUCUUGGAACACGACGCGGUACAGAGUCUUGCGAGCGCUACCGCAAGUACGGUCCCCGCCGCGCCAGCAUUCCCAUACAGUCCGAUGUACGAGGUCCCUGGCAACAGCUUGCAAGACCAGACGCAGGGUCCAUUUGUACAGUAUCUGCCCACCCAACCGCCAUUCGAGCUCUUCAGCCAGCCAGGGCCCGGCUAUCAGACGCUGCAAAGUCGACGUGGAUCCUUGCAGCGUUCUUCGCUAUCCCCGCCACAGACAUCACCGCAGGUGCAGAACCGUCUUACACCGGUCAAGCUGGAGGAGUCGGCGGAUUUUGCGACUGGCAGUGCAUAUAGUCUGAGCAUGCCGCCACCUUCAGGGGCUCCGCCACUUGCGGGAUGGCAGCCCUGGCCGCUCGUACCGAGCCCUUACGCUCAGCCGCUGCCUGCACUGAGGACGCGGUAUAGCUGGGACGCGACGCAACAGUUGGCUAACCAACAAGACCUGCAGACGCCGCAACAACAGCAAUCGCGGAACUCGUUCUACGGUCCUUAG